AUGCCACCAAAGAAAUCUAAAAAGCGCGCGGGUGGGAAGCCCGUGAACGUACCAGAAGAUCCGCGUGAGCCAGUGAUCAAGGUCAAUGGUCCAGGCUGCGGUUGGACUUUCUCCGAGAAGCUACAAGAACAGUUGAAGGAUCAGCAAGAGGAGCUUGCCAAGUACGCGGUCUCCAUGGAAGAAUACCGGAAACAGAUGAAACUGUAUCAUAAGCUGAAACAGGAGGAAGAAGAGACAAAAGAGACGUACGAUGCGUGUGUGGCGAAUGACCACGCAAGGAGGAAGAAGGAUCGAGCACAGGCGACCAAAGAUGCGGAGAAGGCAUGGAAAAAAGCCGAAAAUGAAUUGGAAAAGUUCGCCAAAGAGAAUAAGGAGCAAAUCAAUAGCGUUGAGAAGAGAAAAGCCAAAGAUGCUUGGGUAACGGCGCAGGCGAAGCUGGAAGACUUUCUGUUUUACCAGAACCAUGCACAUCGGUGGAUGAGACACGGCCCGAUUGACCCAAAAUUACAAGCCAAGGCACCAGAGGCAAAACAUUCGGGCAGGAUGCCAUACAUGCUAACAACAUAUGGCGCCGAGGAUCAAUAUUACAGGUGGUUGCGUCAAAUUCUGGACGAGUUUGAUCAACGAGAGAUCGGCACACAGGGUUAUCGCAAAGGCCAUAUAGAUGCUGCUGGAAACAGGGUCGAGGGUGAGAAGGAAGGGGAUGGGGAGGACAGUGACAAAGAAGACGACAAAAAGAAGGGAAAGAAGAAAGGCACGACAAAGAGAGGCAAAGAAAUAGAACCUGUCGCCACGAAAAAGGAUGGCAAGAAACGGGAGGAUGCGAGGCCACCGGAGCUACGCAAGAUUCCCCAUCGUGAACUCCAUUUAUGGACCCCACCGUGGAGACGCGUUCCCGUAGGGCUUCGUCGAAACCCAGUGGAAGAAGACCCAUGGCUUCUGAAGCUAGACUACGAACAGAUCGAAGAAGCUAGACUGAAAGUUGAGACCGCGGAGCUGGAUGACGCAGACGGCUUCCCUUAUCGAUCGCAUAAUGAGAGGCGCGAAGCGGAGAUUCGGCUCUAUGCAGAAGACAAUCCUGAGGAGCGCCAGCCUCCGACCGCUAGCUUUGAACGAUUUCGUAUGACCCAGCCUGAAAGGGAUGAUGCAGAAAGGAGUGAAGCCGAGGAACGAGAUAGGAGCGAGUCAGAGACGCCGAUAGAACCUAAGUGGAAGGGUAAGAUCAGGACGGACCAGGGGCUCUUUAUCGCUGCACAAGAGAGUUCUUGGGAUUGGAGGACAUCGUAUGAUCUUGCGGGACGGCUGGUCAAUGGCAAUAUUGCUAUUAUUCCGCGCAAGCCGUCCCCAAAUCCAGACGAUUUCGUCUAUCCCAAGCACGACCGAAGCAUCACUGGAGAAGGAGCGGGUGAUGGGAGCGGUGCGACAGAGGAAGCUGGCGACCUAAGCAGGCCUGCGGCAGCUCCACCUGUCAAGGGGAGACGUAAGAGGAUAAAUGAGGAGAAGGGUAAAGCUAAUGAUAAGGGGAAAAAGAAGCAGAAGGGCAAAGAGAAGGUGGCCGACGAAAGUGAAGAGGAGGAAGAGCAAGAAAAAGAGGAAAAGGAGGAAAAUGAAGAAGAUAGCGAUGGAUACGAUUACGCCUACGAGAAAUUUGAAUUCACAAAGCCCCCACGGAGCCCACAGGAGUACACCUGCGAAAGAAGCACCCAGUGGUUUGAAGCAACGGAUGGCCGACGCGAACGCCACGUGUACAACUUCUUAGAUGACUCUUCCCCAGUUAACUCGCCGCCGCAUCCGCCCAUCCGUCGUUUAGCAGACGAAGUGCCCGAUGACGAAGAACAAGAGCGGCUCGAACUGGAAAUGCGCAUUGAUGGUACAGAGCUGUAUCGCGCGAGACAAUUGGAUCACUACGGGCUCAAGAAGCGCAAUUGGCCAGGGAUUGGAAUACGCAUUCCGUAUGAAAUUGCGACAUUCGAUCGGCAUGGAGGCCCACUGAGUGAAAUUUGGGAGAAAAUAGCCAGUGAGAAGGGCCUGGAAGCUGAGGUUCGCUACGUUCAUUCGUUGCAAAAGCCUAUCAUGAGGAAGAUUGGUGUCCAUCAGGCUGGUGAAAAACGGAAGUUGGAUGAAGCGUUAAGAAAUGAAGAGAGUGGCGGGGAAAAAGAUGGGGAUGGUAGUGUGAAGCGUCCACGCCCGAGCGGUCCUGAGGGAGGAGGCGAUGAUAGCGACGGAGAUCUGUUCAAGAAGACCUACAAACAGGGCUCUGGGGUGCCUAGCAGUUAAAGCUAUGGGAAGGUGGAGCCCGCACGGAUGCACUACCCGCGGUCGGGCAUCCGUAAACCAUGGGACGAAGUCUAAAUGGUAAUGUUAUCAUUGGAGAAGAGGCCCCUCGAGUCUCUCUAUCGUCACUUCCGGUUCGAUAGUCUGUCACUCUCUGCGGAUUUGUUGUUGUUUUGCCGCGUACGUUGUUCAGGGGAUGCGAAAAUGUAAUGGGGAUAAAUAGCUACCAAUUAAUCGUUGAUAUGGAUAGCCCUGAAGAGGUUGAUAGGAUACGGAACACAUCAACAAACUUCGGGAGGUGGGAUGUGUCACGUGAUGUGUCUGGGUUGUACACCUGGG